AUGCAACGGUCUACAUCUUUUCAAAUUCGACAAAAGCCCUCGAAACCAACCACUUCGAUCGAUCUAACCAACCAUCUCAGUGUUCCAGGUGUGCUGUACCAGGAUGAAAGCAGCAGCAACUACAAUGGACGGUUGCAAGCGGGCGAUCGCAGGCUAGCAAAUGCUAAUGAUGUAGACUCGGCUUCUGCUUCCGCCUCUGCGUCUGCUUCUGCUUCCGCUUCUGCUUCCGCUUCCGUCUCUGUGUCUGUCUCUGGCGAUUUCAAUCUCGAUUUACAAUCGCUAAUGGCGUCCGAAAUAAGCUCUGUUUAUCCAGCCACGUUGAACCCAGACCGGUCUGGGAAGACUCCUAACACUUCCAAGUUCAUCAGCGAGAAAACGGGCAACGAUAAGCAGUUCUUUAUAUUCACUUCGGCUGGGAAACUGGUGUUUUCUCAAUCGGAAAACGAGUCGCAUGCCAUGGGACUUACGGGUAUCAUGCACACAGUCAUGAACUAUUUCAACAUAAACGAUAACACUGUCAUGAAACAAUUCUCCACAUACGACGCCAAGGGAGUCAUGACUCGGUUUGUGUUCGCAGACAGAAAUCACAUCAAGUUGAUGGUCCGGUGCAGCAACAAUUACGAGACAACUGCACAAUUGCAACAGCAGUUGGACCUUGUGUACUCCUACAUCAUCUCGUCCGUCUCGCAACGAAAUUUGAAUAAGUUAAUGACGAAAAGAUCCAAUUUCGACUUGCAGCAUUAUUUUACAGACUUGGAUCAGCAAAUGAUAAAGUUGUUGUGCGAUUCUUUGGCAACUCAACCACGCAUCAGCUGGUUUUCCAGCAGUCUACAGUGCCUACCAAUGCUACCAAAAAAACGGAAUGCAAUUAAUUCGGUGUUAUCCUCCACUUACUUGGACUUCAAUAUCUCAAAUUACAAUGGCCAGAUCCUUUACACUUUGGUCACAUCGCUCGAUUUGAAGUUAAUCUCGAUAUUGAGACCUUCAAACCAUACCCUCCAUACUAUGGACUUACAAAUCUUGUUUGAGCUCGUUAGGUUCCAGCUCGCAGAUUUAUUGCUAAAUAAAGUGUUAUGGUUCCCCAUAUGCUUCCCAAAGUUUAAUGACAACGGUUUCUUAUACGCGUUGAUUAAGGUUUUGCCAAAUAACACCAUAAUUAUGGUGAUUAGCUCUCAAAAGGAUGUAUUCAAUACAAUAAAUGAGUUCGUGGACAAAAUUGGCGCUAAGAUGGUGGAAAACAAACACUGUGACAACCUAGAGUUCCCAUUGUUAGAUUGGCAUAGAAAAUUCCCAUACAUUAAUCACUUUAUUUACAAGCUAAAGCGUACGGUGCAAAUAUACACGCCUUCCGAGCCAACAAAUGAAAUGUUACAAUUAUAUAAUCAUCUAAAAACUAUUUGUGAGGAUGACCAAGGCCGGACCUUAAAUAAGUCAUCAGUCACAAUGCUACGAUGGAAAAGUGAAUCUUUUCCAGGUCAACUAUCAGGGGUAUACUGGGUAACUGAAAAGUUCGAGCUUUACAUGUUACUAAAUGACAUUAACAUUUCAAAUCAAUCGGUGCUAAAAACAGCUAAACGUUUAAUUCAGCAAAUGCGCGAUAUGGAGUCAUACUUGUUCAUCUCCAGAGGAGUUACUUUCUGA